AUGGUCUACAUACGCCCCGCAAAAGAGAAACCUGUUGCCAAAGAUGAGACCCGCCGGCGUGCUGCCAGAGCUGAGCGGGCAGAAGAGGAGAAACAAGACGACAAGAAGUGCGACAAGACACAGCGGCUUAGCAAAUGGGAGACGUCGACCUCUCGGCCCAUCGACGAGGGCUGCGAGCUGGCUUUGUCAGAAGACGUGGUCCUGCCUACGGAUGACUGGAAAACAGAGACUGGGGAUAUCCAGCUCGCGAUCCUGGCGAGCUUGGGCUUGUUGGAUGAUUAUGAGGCGGAGGACGCCGAUAUUACAUUGAAUUCACUUCCGCGGAACGAAGAUAUUUACACGAUCAGGUACAAGCCCGGCAGCAAGAAGAAGAAUGCCCGCAGAUGUCCCGGGGAGGCGGAGGUCCCUGUGGAGGCGGAGGUCCCUUGGGAGGCGGUGGUCCAUUGGGAGGUGGAGGUCCCGUGGGAGGCGGAGGUCCCGAUGCUGGACGAUGACGUGGACUGGGAGCUGGUUCUUCAAUCCCAGAGUGAGGGUAGCAUGUCAUGGACAAUGCUUGAUGAGUAG